AUGAGUUGCAAUUUUGGACUAUCAAGUUGUGAGAACAGAGGACGGGGUUGCCAUGGUUUUCCGUCAAAGUGUCAUUGCGGCUUAGAUGCUGCCAUCUACACAUCAUGUACGAAGCAAAACCCAGGAAGACCUUACUUUCAAUGUCCAACCAGAGGAGAUGAGCAUUUGUUUAAGUGGGUGGAAGAAGGUGUGUACGAAGAGGUUGUAGAAGCAUUACCAAAAAUCUCCAUAAUUAACAAUGAGAUAAGCAAUGCAAGAUCUGAGGUUGCUGUAGAAAUUGAUGGGUUAAAGACUCGGAUUGAAGAAUUGAAGGAAGAUGCAAUGUGGAGCAAAAGAGAACUUAAGAAAUGGAAAUUGAUGAUAUUGUGCUUGGUAUGCCUUUGUGUUACUAUAAUUGUCAUUGUAAUUGUAAUUCUAAUGUGUAAAACCUCAAAAGGAACAUUUGUUCUUGAUUACUAG